GCCGUGGAGCAGAUGGUGGAAAGGGGAGGAAGACUGAGGAAGACGCAUGAGGAAGACACACGAGGAAGACAAUAAUAUCUGAGCUCAGCCUCUGAACACUAACAGCGUUUAGCAGCUGCCGCUGUUUAGACCUGUGUCAGCUCCACAGAAGCGUCAGAGACUUUUUUUUAUCCUUAAACAAACGCAGCGGCUCGAUUAUAUUUUCUUUUCAUUCAUUGUUUUUAUUUGUGCGCAGGUUGUUUUAACUUUUUGUCUUGACGGAAACUUCCUUAUGAUGUCAACGAUUGUCAUCGAUUGUGAACCUGCUCACGUCUUUUAAUCAAAGAAAUGGGAUUAACCGGCACGAGAGACGCGUGGUGGGACUGUGCGUCUGUUGUCGUUGGAAACUCAAGCUGCUGAAGCUGCUCGUGAACGCGUCUGUUUAUUUUCUCGUGUUUGUGUGUGAUCAUUGUUCGUGAUGGAGUCUGUUGGGAGCUUUGAGUUCAGCAGGAAAGACCUGAUUGGCCACGGUGCCUUCGCUGUUGUGUUCAAGGGAAGACACAAAGAGAAACGGGACUGGGAGGUUGCUGUGAAGUGCAUUAACAAGAAGAAUCUGGCCAAAUCAAAGUCUCUUCUUGAUAAAGAAAUCAAGAUAUUAAAGGAGCUCAAACAUGAAAAUAUUGUCAGUCUGCUUGACUAUCAGGAAAUGGGAGGAUGUGUGUAUCUUGUCAUGGAGUACUGUAAUGGAGGCGACCUGGCUGAGUACCUUCACUCCAAGGGCACGUUGAGUGAGGACACCAUCCGCGUGUUCCUGCAGCAGAUCGCUCAGGCCAUGAAUACCCUGCAGAGCAAAGACAUCCUCCAUAGAGACCUCAAGCCCCAGAACAUCUUACUCUGCCACCCAGAGGGCCGCAGGUCCAGCUCCAUCAACAUUAAGAUAGCUGACUUUGGGUUUGCACGUCACCUCCAGACGAACACUAUGGCAGCCACUCUGUGUGGCUCCCCCAUGUACAUGGCUCCUGAGGUCAUCAUGUCCCAGAACUACGAUGCCAAAGCUGAUUUGUGGAGCAUAGGUACCAUUGUGUACCAGUGUCUGACUGGAAAGGCACCAUUUCAUGCAAGCACUCCACAGGAGCUCCGUCUUUUUUAUGAAACCAACAGGACCUUGUUACCCAGCAUCCCAAAGGAGACUUCUCGUCACCUAAGACACCUCCUGUUGGGGCUCUUGAAGAGGAACCACAAAGAGCGGAUCAGCUUUGAUGAGUUUUUCCACCAUCCUUUCCUGGAGACGAGCUCCUCCUCAAAGAAAUGUUCGCCUGCUCCCAUGUUCUCCUGCCCCAUCUCAGGCCUGGGCAGUUCUUCAAGCAGCUCCUCCACGUCCCAAAUGGCCUCACCUCAACAUUCCGAUGGAGAGAUCCAACAACUCAAGUCUAAAGCGAGGUACUCCCCUACACAAAACACAGCUGACUUCCUCCUGCCGAAAGAAACAGCCGAUCAGGACAGUCUGACCACCUCGUCAUACACAGAGGACUACGUCCUGGUGCCUGACCAGUUUCCCAGUGAGUACACAUGUGAACUGGAUGUUGGCUUACCAGUCGAAAGUUGCCUUAUAUACAGUGGGAGCCCAGUCGGAGCUGAGCGAGGCCCCAGGCCUGCAGGAAAGACUCCUCUCAACACCCCCUCUAAGCCUGUUGGCAAGCCUGUUGAAUUGGUUGACCGUAAGUGCAGCGCCUCUGUGCCCAUUCCCGUCCCAACACAGAUCCUAAACUACCAGCGCAUGGAGCAGAACCUGCAGCCUGUUGCCUUCCAUGGCUCCAACAGGGUCACACCAUCCAGUGCAGGCAGCAGCGGUGAAAGCUGUGCACAGUUUGGAGGCUGUAGAGCGGCUGGUACAGGAUUUGUCGUUAACUCCCCAAGACUGGCAACUGGAGUAGCUCACCCUCAACAGGGCUCACCUCUAGUGGGAACCACCCCAAAGAGCUCAGAGCCGACUCUCCCACUCAGCACGAGGACUGGACAGUUCACUGGCUCACCUGGCGCCUUUGCUCCCAAGGUUCAGUCGAGACUGCUAGACAGGAUCACGACGGUCCCAGACCUUCAGUCAUUCGACCCAUCUGCUUCUCCUCAGACCAAACACAGCAGGAAAUCUACCAAUAAAAACUACCCAUUUAAAAGAGACCUGAGCACAGGCAGGAUGUCAGAUCUGCUGCUGAAGGCGGCGUUCGGAGCUGAGGAGGGAAGUGACGAGAGCCUCAACAGUGAGAAAAGCAUGGAAACAACAGCUCCACCUACUGGUUAUAAUAGAGGCUUUCAAUGCUCCGACAGCCCACCUAUUGCAGUCUUCACUAUCGGUUCUCCAUCCAAAGGAAACACUCCUCCUGAUACCAGGGUGUCAAAGAUGCUCUCAGGUUCUCCCUCCUACAUCAACUCAGCCUGGCUUCUUAACAGUCGCCUUCUCCAGAGAGAAGGUCGUAGAAACAGUGAGAGUGAAGCGAUGGACGCGACUCCACACAGCAGUCCGGUCUUUCACCCUCCAGAGCUCGCGGUAGAUACGCUAAUGGAGCAAGCUCACACAGAUGCCCUCAGUGACCUGCGCUUCAUCUUGGCUUUUGCCCACUGUGUCAUGGAACUGGCUUCUACUAAAGACCCAGGGCUGGAUGUCAUCAGCAGUUCUGAUGUUUCCUUUCUGGAGCAGAGCAUGGUCACAGAUCAGAUCAGCCUUUUGAGCAGAGAAUGGAGCUAUGCCGAGCAGUUAGUAUUGUACAUGAAAGCUGAAGAGUUUUUGUCAUCAGCACUGCACACAGCCAAAGAGAAUAUCAAACAGGACCGACUCCUUCCCUCUGCUACAGUCAAACAAGUGAUCCGAAAGCUGAAUGAUUCCUAUAAGAACUGUGUGACAUACUGUCGCUGCCUCAGUGAUCGCCUGCAGACUUUCUUGCUCGACAAACAGAAGCUCAUGGACCGUUUCAAUGGCCUCACAGCAGAGAAGCUCAUCUACAGCCACACUGUGCACAUGGUGCAGUCUGCUGCUUUAGAUGAGAUGUUCCACUAUGGCACAGCUUCAACCCAGCGUUACCAAAGAGCCCUUCUGCUGAUGGAGGGUCUGUCCCGAACCGUCACAGAGCAAAAGGACCUCGACAGCAUAGAUAAAUGUAAACAGUGUAUUGAACGACGCCUUUCUGCUCUUCAGACUUAACCGUAGGCACGAGCUCUACACCCGCACUCACAGCUCCUGGAUUAUCUUCCCUCAUCCAUUACCUGCGAUGUAGAUGAAUCCUCCUGGACUGUCAGUACACACCAGCACUUUGAUCUUUCUUAGGGGAAACGACCACUGGAGCAUCUGCUCUAAUCCCAACACCCAGUCUGUGAACUUCUCAUAAAUGCACAGAAAAGACUGGAGGUCCUGUUUUGUACACAUUUGAGUGUAAAUUGAUUGUUUGAAUACUUUGACAAGGUCAUUUUUGUCAGUAGUUGAUUUGUUACAUGCUGUUCAUUUAUAUAUUUGUGUGUUGUUUUGUGUUUUGCACAUGGAAGUAUCGGAGGAAAUAAUAACAGAUUUUAAAUGUGUUGUACUUGAAACAUGGUGACAGGGUGGUGCUGUGGUUAGCGCUGUCGCCUCACUACAAGUGAGGCCGGGUUCUCCAGCUUCCUCCCACAAUCCAAAAACAUGCAAGUUGGAUUAACGGAAGACUUUAAAAUGCCCACAGAUGUGAAUCAGAGCUUGUGACCUGUGUAGGUUGAACCCGCCUUUCGCCCAAUGUCGGCUGGCAUUGGCUCCAGUCACCAUGCAAUGAUCUAAGGAUGAGCAGUGUAGAUAAAGGAUGGAUGUACUUGAAACACAGAUUGAUUAGUCUUUUUUGGUACUUGAGGCAUUUGUGUUAUUUGUACAGUAGUAGUUCAUCGGCAAACAGGAGUCAAUAUUCUGGAUGAGAUGACCAAAUAUUGCCACUGUGUAGCAACAUAAAUCUGUGCUUGCUUUUUGUACAUUUUUCAUCACAGCACAUUAGUGGCUGUAAAUCAUACCUGUCUCACUGUCAUAUAGACAGUGGCAAUAAGUGUGAUUUUUGCUUUAUAAUAACCGGUUCAAUAAUUCGCGGAUUCUGAUGUACAUGGUCAUUACGUACUUUUAAGUGACAUUAACUACAAGCCACAUAUUUUUGGUUAUUCUGCUGUUUGAGUGUAUGUGUGAACUUUUUUAUUUUCUUGCAGUUGUGCUACUUCUGAUUUUAGAGGUAUACGUUUUGAUGAAUGUAAACAGUUAAUUGUGGAUUCAUUUGUACUUGAUUUCUGCCUGAUACACUAUAUUGUUUAUUACAAUCACACACUCAAUAUUUUGUGAAAAUAUUGGUGUUAAAACUGAAGUUUGUUAGAAUUUAUCAAAUUGCCUUUUCUACUUUUGUGUGAUGACAGCCAGUCCAACUUGCCAAAAGGAGUUGUUACAUACUGUGUUGACAAUAAAUAUUUAUUGUUAAAACGA